AUGUGUCAAGUUCACAUGUACCGAGCUUCGUGCGGCCACCUAUCUCUCCUUGAACCGACAUCUCCAAACCAAGGAGCCACAGUAUUCUGCCAGAAAAAUCCGCCAUGUAAACGGCCUACAAUAGAAGUUGCAACCCUUUUCAGCAUGUGCUCGGAUUGCCAUGCCAGAAUCGCAAGAAUGUCAGCUGUUCCAAGUAUGCACCGAGUCGACAUUUCGAAAUUCAAAAGCCGAAAAUACAGAGAUCCUGAGUCUACCCAGUCAAGUAAUCGGCUCUCAGGUACUCUUACAGAGAGCUAUCGAGGAUUUAGAUCAAGAGUUUGGACAAAACUAAGAGGCCAUACAUCUUUUACCAAUCGUCAACGAAGUCGUCAAUCCGUUCAACCCUCUCAAUUCCAAAGACAGACAAGAGUCGUCGACACAAAUGGCCUUGGGUUCUACGAUCUUAUUUAG